AUGGCCCUCGUCAUGGAACCAGUGAGCAAAUGGAGUCCCAGUCAGGUGGUGGACUGGAUGAAAGGACUGGAUGACUGUCUGCAGCAGUACAUUAAGAACUUCGAGCGAGAGAAAGUCGGCGGUGAUCAGCUGCUGCGCAUUACCCAUCAGGAGCUGGAGGAUCUGGGUGUGUCACGCAUCGGCCACCAGGAGCUGAUCCUCGAAGCGGUGGACCUGCUGUGUGCUCUGAAUUAUGGACUAGAGACAGAGAACCUGAAAACUCUGUCUCACAAGCUGAACGCCUCGGCGAAGAACCUGCAGAACUUCAUCACAGGCCGCAGACGGAGCGGACAUUACGAUGGCCGAAACACACGCAAACUCCCCAAUGACUUCCUCACGUCUGUGGUGGAUCUGAUCGCUGCGGCUAAGAGUCUGCUGGCCUGGCUGGAUAGGUCCCCUUUUGCUGCAGUCACGGAUUAUUCAGUGACGAGGAACAAUGUGAUCCAGCUGUGUCUCGAACUCACUACCAUUGUACAGCAGGACUGCACUGUUUAUGAGACGGAGAAUAAAAUCCUGCAUGUGUGUAAGACUCUAUCCGGGGUGUGUGAUCACAUCAUCUCUCUAUCUUCGGACCCUCUGGUGUCUCAGUCAGCUCAUCUCGAGGUGGUCCAACUGGCCAACAUCAAGCCCAGUGAGGGACUGGGUAUGUACAUCAAAUCCACAUAUGAUGGGCUUCACGUCAUUACCGGAACAACCGAGGGUUCUCCAGCAGAUCGCUGUAAGAAGAUCCACGCAGGUGAUGAGGUGAUCCAGGUGAACCAUCAGACAGUGGUGGGCUGGCAGUUGAAAAACUUGGUAAACUCCCUGCGCGGGGACCCUGGAGGGGUGAUGCUGACACUGAAAAAGCGCCCCCAGAGCACGCUCACCUCGGCCCCAGCCCUGCUAAAGAACAUGAGGUGGAAGCCCCUGGCCCUUCAGCCUGUCACUCCUAAGAGCCCCACCAGCAGCUCGGCCACACCCACCAGCACGAUCAGCACGCCCACCAAACGAGACAGCUCCGCCCUCCAUGACCUGUACAUCCCACCCCCUCCCCCCGAGCCCUACACACCCAGGGAUGAGCAGGGGAAUCUCCCCACUGAAGAUCGAGGUCAGGGACUUCCUACAGCCAAAGGCUCUGAGUCUCCAAACUCCUUCCUGGAUCAGGAAUACCGUUGUCGUUUCCCUCUGAUGGAGGAUGAAUCUGUGCUCUACUGCUAUGAGUAUGAGCCAGGUCGCGGCGCUCCGCCCUCUCGCAGAGAAGCCACGGCCACUUAUGGUCGUUUAAGGCCCAUCUCCAUGCCUGUGGAGUAUAAAUGGGUCCCAGACUAUGAUGAUCCAGUCAGACUGAAGAGAGAUGGCAGGAGAGAUAACUCGAUGCUCCGGUAUGUAAACGAAGAGAAGGUUCCAGAAGAAUACCUGACCGGACGCAGUGCUAAGCGUGACACGGGCAAACGGGCGAAGAAGAAAAGUGACAAAAGCAGUAGCCCCUCCCACUAUGGCCUGCUGCCCGCCCUGCAGAUGGAGGUCCUACGUCAGGAGUCCAUGUCCACCCCAAGCUCAGACUCCACCUCACUGUACCACACAUUCCAGGGAGCUUCCCUACUGUCAAAGUCCAAGAAGAAACACAAAGGUGCACCUUUGUCCUCCAUCAGCAAGAGGAGAAUCUCAUGCAAGGACCUGGGUCGAGGAGACUGUGAAGGCUGGCUCUGGAAGAAGAAGGACGCCAAAAGCUAUUUUUCCCAAAAAUGGAAGAAGUACUGGUUUGUCCUAAAGGAUGCCUGCCUCUACUGGUACAUGAAUGAGGAGGAUGAGAAAGCUGAAGGGUUCGUCAGUCUCCCAGAGUUCAAAAUUGACCGUGCCAGCGAAUGCCGCAAGAAGUACGCUUUCAAAGCAUGUCACCCCAAGAUCAAGAGUUUCUAUUUUGCGGCAGACGGAGUAGAUGACAUGAACAGGUGGCUGAGUCGGUUAAACAUGGCGGCGGCCGGCUAUGCUGAGAGAGAGAAGAUCCGUCAGGAGCAAGCUGAUUACUGGAGUGAAAGUGAGCAUGAGGACAACGAAACCCCGUCUACGCCAAAGCAGGACAGUCCACCACCACCAUACGACACAUAUCCCCGCCCCCCCUCGAUGACUUGCGCAAGUCCAUACCCGGGGAUCAAACAUGGCCGGCUGUCAUCCACUGAAACCUCCCACUCCCGCUCAUCUCACGAGGAGUACCGCUCUGAUCCUCCGGGUGGAGGUGGCAGCAGCAGUGGUGGUGGCUCUCCAGCCCGUAAGUCAGCGAGUCAGCGGCGUUCAUGGCAGGACCUGAUUGAGACACCACUCACCAGCUCAGGUCUGCACUACCUGCAAACGCUGCCACUGGAGGAUGCUGUGUUUGUUGAGCCGGGCAACGGGAUGUCCCCCGAGCGCCGCCGCCAGUCCACACUGCCUGCCCAGCGCACGCUCCUGCAGGAGCACUACGGACCCUUCGACACGUCCAAGGGCGAGCAUCUGCGGGACCCUGCGGCCGGUGGAGGGAAACCCCGCAGCUUCACACUGCCACGGGACAGCAGCCUGCAUGCGUUCCUCUCGCCCUCUGCUAGCAUGGCAGAGCAACGGGAUCCUCCACACAGAGGCGGGGAGAAUGAGCGGGAGCAUGAGCGUCAGUGCCACGCCGACUCUCUGGGAGACCUGUACCAGGCGCUAGAACGCGCCAGCGUGUCUCCUUUGGGUGAGCCGCGUCUCUCCACCCGUCUCGAGUACAAGCACUCAUUUGUGCGCCGCUGCAAUGACCCGCUGCUCAACGACAAAGUGCAUCGUCUGCGCAUCCUGCAGAGCACACUCAAGGACAGGGAAGGCGAGAUAGCAGUGAUUGACAAGCUGUUGGACAAUCCCAAGCUCACAUCCUCCGACUUCCAGGAAUGGAAGAGAAUGUACAUGGAGCUGUUCUCAGCCGAAGACAAGAAGGAACGCCAGCCUAGUCCGCUGUCGGAGCCAAGCCCCGCGUCCACUCCCGAGCCCAUGCCUCGCACACCAUCCCUCUCGCACACACACUCCUACAUCGAGACUCAUGUCUGA